AUGCAGACAGGCAGGCGAAAGUUCAUUGCGGAGAGCAUCGCAAAGUACAGGGCGUCCCGGGUGACGUCAAAUGACAAGGAGGUUGUCGCUGACCUCCUAUUGCGCAUGGUCGACCUGUGCUCCCGGUGCGUCAACAAGGUGGAGCUGCAGCUUUUCGGCUCGCUCGCCACGGGAUUCUGCACCACCGAUGCCGACGCCGAUCUGUCCCUUACAUUCCGUAACUUUUCGCCGUGGCUGAGCGGGAUAGAGGUGGUGGAUGCGCAAAACCUCAAGCGGCUCGCGCGCGUGGGGCGCGAGGCUGUGGAAAUGGGGAUGGAAAACGUUCGCCUCGUCCACGCCUCCAUCCCUGUGCUACAGUUCCAGGACGCAGUCAGUGGGAUUCGGUGUGACCUCACGAUCGGCAACCUCGGUGGGGUGGCAAACUCCAAGAUACUCGCGGAGAUUCACCACGUGCUUCCUGACUUUUACGGCGCCUACGUGUACCUCGUCAAGGAAUGGGCGAAGAGGUGCGAGGUGGUGGCGCCGGACAAGGCCAUGUUCAACAGCUUCACCAUGACGACCAUGUCCUUGAUGGUGCUACAGGAACUUGGGUUGCUGCCCAUCUUUGUGCCGACUGGCUCGUACGGCGAGCUCACUUUGCCCGAUGUCCGAAGGGCGCUCGACAUCUUCCAGCUGCCGCCCGUAUAUGAGGGAAUCGGGCAGGACGAUGAGCGCCUCGGUGAAGCUGUCUACUUUUGUCUUUUACGUUUUGCAGAGUACUACUCCAAGUUCGACUUUAGGAACGGCACUGUGAGCCUCAUGUGUCCGCGCCGACAUCGCUCUCUCUACGCCCAGAUUGUGAAGCAGCACAUGGAACUUCUCGGCGAGCGGAAGCGGAAAGAGUGGAGCGCCUACCUGCUCGGCGACCACGGCGACCGCGCUGCGUCCACCUCUUCUAGUCGCUUUCCCGAGAAGUCCUUCGAGGAGUCGAUGCGCCGCGAGGCUCUUCAGCGGCAGGCGAACACGGCCUUCGUUGUGGAGGACUUCGUUAACUAUGUUAACUGUGGUCGACGUGUGCCACCUGGACGGAGUUCAAAAGUUCACCUGGAGUUCAAGCGCCUCUACGACCAUCUGCGCGACGAGGCGAACCUCUCCUUGAGCGACGUGUUUCACGAGACACACACGGUUCAGCUCACCAACAAGUCGAAUCAGCCAGACUCGCGCGUGGAGACCUUUGAGGCGAAGUAA